GCGCCCUGAGACACUAGCAAGCUGCCAAAAGCUCUCCCAGCGGAUCGCGGCUCUGAGGCCCCAGUUUUGCUCACAUCAGCUGUAGUAGUUGCAAAGCCAUCUACCACAUAGUAGCCACGCCCAGCCGCAGCGUUCUCCAGGCAGUUUAACGAUGCUCAAGCUCUCACUCCUGAUUGCCAGCGCUGCGGCCUUCCAGCCGCGCGCGACGCCCAAGGUGCAGCCGCAGACAGUGCGCCAAUUCGGCAUGCUCGAUGGCCUGUUCAAGAAGAGCGAGGCCGACGUGACCGAAACAGUCUACUUCGACAUUUCCAUCGGCGGCGGCGCGCCGCAGCGCGUGGAGCUCGGCCUCUACGGCUCGACGACGCCGAAGACCUGCGAGAACUUUAAACAAUUGUGCACGGGUAGCAAGGGCUUCGGCUACAAGGGCUCGCCGUUCCACCGUCCGACGACCGUGUCCGAUUCCGUAAACGACGCGUGCGCCGCCCGUUCUGCCAUAUCAUCACGCCGUCGCCGCGGCGCAGGCAUCAUCCCCGGCUUCAUGUGCCAGGGCGGCGACUUCACGAACGAGAACGGCACGGGCGGCAAGUCGAUCUAUGGCGAGAAGUUCGCCGACGAGAAUUUUGACUUAGUACAUGGAGGAUUUGGGACCUUAUCGAUGGCGAACGCGGGCCCGAACACCAACGGCAGCCAGUUCUUCAUCUGCCUCGACGACACGCCCUGGCUCAACGGCAAGCACGUCGUCUUCGGCAAGGUUGUUUCCGGCGCGGAGACGAUCCGGGCCAUGGCCGCCGUCGGGAGCCAGUCCGGUGCGACGUCGCAGCCCGUCCGGAUUGUGGACUCGGGGUCGUGCUAGGGAGAGAUG